CACAAUCGCAGUUGGUAGCUCCCGAGAACAUCUCUCUAAUCGUACAAAGACUGUGAAGCCUUGGCUUGCGUCGAACGCGAUUUCUACUCCGUCGCGCCGUCCAAACGUCAGUACGUCGACGUUGACGUCAAGCUGACGUUCCCCGACGCUCACCUGGAGAAAAUCUUCGCGUCUACGCGUCGUGGGAAGAAGAUUUCUGCGCAUGUGAUGAUCUGUAGUGUUGUGAGAGAGGCUACAUAACCGCCCGUGCUGCUGUGUAUGUGGGAUAAGACUUGUGUGAGACCAGGCGGUGAGUCAGAGCUGAUCCAUCCCCGCAGAGUUACAGGUGUGGGCUCCCGUCGUCUCAACUCCGGCAGCCAAAACAAACUCCAACCCGCACGGACUGAAGCUGUCAUGGAAAAAUCACCUCUUUGUUAUACCACUCUUGGCUAGAAAAGGGGAGAUCUAGAGACCGCCAGCGCAGGGCAAGCAAGAAGACCAGCCGGACUGGAAACUGGUUGGCGGCUAGAAACGACCGACCUUGACCGGAGUGAUAUCUACAGUGACCUGUGUUCUAAUUGCUGGGACCCGUAGCCGCCGCCACAGUUCACAAAACCGCGUCGUAAACCUCUUCAAUUCGAGAACGGUUAUCCGCCCAUAAGAAUAACAUCCAUCUGAAACAACACUUGGCAAGGAGGAGAUAUGGGGGAUAGAGGAAGACGACAGAUCUCGGCUUGGAGCUCCGCCAGCCGGGUCAGCCAUAUCCGCCUGCGCGCGGCGCUGUGUGUCCUAAUUUUACCAGUGAUCCUUUUCCCAACUGUCACAUCUGGGGCUUCAUCUUGUGCCGGGUCGCCAUGUUUGAACAACGGCACAUGCGUACCAGUGACCCCGUCCUUAGAACAUCGCAGCUCGCUACCCAUCAUCCUCUCGUGUCCCAUGGGCUGGAUCCGGCAGGGAGGGUCCUGUUACAAGUUUCACAUCAACGACAAGAAGAGUUGGGAGGAGGCGAGGCAGACCUGUCGGGGAGAGUCGUCAGAGCUGGUUUCCAUAGAGACGGAUCAAGAACACAAGUUCCUCCGGGCGCUGACCGUCAACGGCUUGUACAGCGGCCCAUUAGAUGACUGCCCGGAGAACAACACUCUAUUCUUCAACAACAAAACCUACUCCGCCUACUUGGGUAAUAACGGCAACAACGGAGGUAAUAACGGCAACAACGGAGGUAAUAACGGCAACAACGGAGGUAAUGGCAACAACGGAGGUAAUGGCAACAACGGAGGUCGCGGCAACAAUAACCAGCAAAACGCUAACAACAACAACGACAGAGGAAACAACGGUCGUAAUGAUGAAAAUAACAAUAACGGAAGAGGGAAGCGCAGCGUCGACGGAAGGUCACAGAGUCAAACGACAACCGCUAUUCCACUUAGCACAGAUGCAGCAAUGAAUAACGAUUCCUUCUGGACGAGCGGCACGGACGCGGCCAGCGAGGGCGUGUUCACGUGGGGCGUCACGGGCAGGAACGUGACGACAGCCGGCUGGGAGACGGGCGGCUGGAAGGCAGGAGAGCCGAACGGCAGGAGGAACGAGAACUGCAUCGAGCUGAGGAAGCAGCACCAGUUCCUCUGGAACGACGCCAGAUGCGAACAUAAGAACUUCUUCAUCUGUGAGAUAGGAACUCAGGACACUUGGGCGGUGGAACCGGAAUGGACAGAAAAAGGUUUGGUAGGGCUCUGGCCGCUGAGCCAGCGCAGUGGUGCAGACGACGUCAGCGGCUUCGGUAACCAUGGGAACGCCUCAGGCAUCCAGCUCGCAGAAGGACCCCUGGACGACACCGAGGGCGCGUUCUACUUCGUUGGAAACUCCAGUUCGUUCGUAGAGAUCCCCAACAACGGUGCCCUGGACGUGCAUGACGCCUCCGUCACGGUUCUGGCUCACGUGUACCCGAUGGGAGAGUCCGGUCUGAUCGUGAACUACCCCGUCAGCAGUGAGGGCUGCACGCUGUGGCAGCUGGCCAAUAACAGCCUGUUCGGGAGCUUCGCGCUGGACCCUACAGUCCUGACCGCGAGCGUUCUCAGGCCGAACAAGUGGAACUACGUCGGCGUCACGUACGACGUCACUUCCGGGGAGACCAGGCUGUGGCACCAGGGAACCGCCGUGGACAGCGAGCCAAUAGGAAACACGGAACUCAACAUCAGCGGACCAAUCAGGCUGGGGUACAGGGACGGGGACCUGGAGUCGCGGGCGUUCCACGGGAGGAUGGCCUGUCUCCAGAUCUACAACUACGCUUUGGAGCAGCGGCAGAUUCGAGCAGCCCGACAAGCUUGCGACGGCACGCGGCCAGAAGUGACGAUGACGUGUGAGGGUCAGGUGAUGAAGCUGUCCUGCGGCAGUCUGGCCCGGCCGUUUAUCUAUGUGGAGUACGCCAGCUACGGGCGCACCGGCAUGGGCUGCGGGGGGAUCAGCGAUAACUUCAGCCUCAACUGCUCCGCUCAGGACACGCUCAGGAAAGUUCGCAACAGGUGUAACGGGCUGCCUGAGUGCACCAUGAUUGCAGGGGACGUGAAUUUUGGUAACCCGUGUCCCGGCACUUUCAAAUACCUGGAGGUGCGCAUGAAGUGUGUGUCUGGUCCUCCCGAGGGUUACGCACCUGUGCCGACCAGACCGCUGACGUCACCAUUCCACACCGACUUACCUUCCACCACCGUAACUGCCUCCAGUGGACCCCCAAUCACGAGUUAG